ACUGCGUUGUUCACGCUGCAGGCUGUUAAAUCAACAGGCUCCUUAGCACCGUCCACAACUUUUUCAUGAAUGGUUCAACGAUGAAAAUGGAAGUAGUUCAGCGUAAGUCCACUCAGUUGUAGUGUUAAACUGUGGAGGAAUAGGCGCCACUAAAUCUUAAUCAUGGGAGGGAUUCCAUGUGCAUUUUAAUCAUGUUGGCGGGUAGACAAGCGAAUGUCGUUCGCUGCUUAAUGAGCGCGAUAGAUAUUUCAAAAUCUAACUGACGUUAAUUUACGUUUUGACGCAUUUCGGGGAGGCGUACCACUUCAUAAAGCUGUUAAACUGGAAUAGUCCUUUAUCUGUUUACAGUGUAUGUUUCCCACGUUCACCAGGCUUAAUUUCAUUAUCCAGCGUCAAACUCAAAGGCUUUUAUGCAUCUUUAGCCCCCCGGGGUCAGAUUUCUAGACGUGCCUAAUUAGACUGUUCUGCUUUUGGAAACCCCAGCGAAAGAAAAUAUCUUCCUUACCCAUCUGGUGGUUGAAGUCGAAGAUACGUCAUCAGUGUCGGGGGCGGCGCGUGGCGGCGAUGGUGAUCCCCGGGUUUAUAAGCGCGGAGGUCCUCGCUGCGCGAGGGCAGUGCGUCACACAGAUCAGCACGAGCGAAGGAUCCCCUUUCACCGAAUCAUAAUUCCCUUUCUAAAAAAACAAGGACAUAAAUAAGUAAUUUUAAGAGUGGUCAUCUCCAGCGCAGUCAUGAUGUCUCUUGAUAUUUUGUCGUGCCGGCGUUUUAGUUUGUGAGGCAGAACGCAUUGUUGUUGUUUUUUUUUAUAAUCUUUUCGGUCUUUUAUAUUUUUUCGAGGAUCUUUCUUGACACUUUCUGCGGUUGUACGUUGCGAGCAGAUCCAGAGCAGUCGGGGAAUCAAACCGCCCCUAUAUGGAUAAAAGCGCGUCCACAUCUGUCAAAGUUGUUCUAGCUGCGUUCAAAGUUUGAUUUCAGAAGUUGUUCCCAGCAACAAGGAGAAAAUGAAAUCGGCAGAAGAAGACGCCUACAGCUACACCCCCAACGUGAGCCUCUCCCUGGCCCUGGGGGGCCCCUGCCUGGCGUCCUCCCAGUACCACGGCCUCAUGCAGAGCAGCCCCACCAUCUCCGUCUCCGUCAGCUACGACGCCGGGGACGACGGCCCCGCGGCCGGCUACUACUCGACCGGCGGGCCCCUGGCCAACGGGGGGGGGGCCCCGGCGCUGGAGAGCCCGCGCAUCGAGAUCACCACGUACGGCCAGUUCCCCGGCGACGACGACCUCGACGGCGGCGGCGGCGGAGACGAGGAGGAGGGGGAGGCCGAGGAGAGCUGCCUGCCCCUGGGCAAGCGGCUGAACUCCAUUGUCACGCUGACCCUCCCCAACGCCGACGGCUACCGGGACCCCAGCUGCCUCAGCCCGGCCAGCAGCGUGUCGUCGCGCAGCGGCCACUCGGACGCCUCGUCCUACGAGUCGGGCUUCUCCUACCACUACGACCACUCGCCGCAGAACUCGCCCUGGACCUCGCCCAGCGUCUCCCCCAAGGGCUCCACCCUGGCCCUGCCCGGCGGCGGCGGCGGCGGCGGGGGGGGCGGGCCCCGGGGCAACGGCGGCGGCUCCCCGCUCCACUCCUCCUCGCCCUGCGCCUCCCCCGGGACGGACCCCUGGGCGGGGGCCCUGCGGGGGUCCCGGCCCAACUCGCCCUGCGGCGCCAAGAGGAAGUACAGCUUCAACGGGGGCGGGACGGCGUCCCACCCGGCGCGGCCCGCCUCCUCCUUCCCGCACUCCCCCGGCGGCUCCCCGGGGCCCUCCCCCCGGGGCUCGCCCCGCCUCAGCGUGACGGAGGAGUCGUGGCUCCCCAACACCAACCAGUACACCAACUCGGCCAUCCUGGCCGCCAUCAACGCCCUGACCACCGACGGCGUGAUCGACAUGGGGGAGGGCGUGCCCGUCAAGGCCCGCAAGACCAGCCUGGACCCCAGCAUCAGCCUGAAGACGGAGCCGCGGGGGGGCGAGGGUCCGGGCUCCGGGGGGGAGCUCGGGGACCCCUCGUGCGGCCGUCUGGCCCUGAAGAAGGAGAGCUACUGCGGGGGGUUCCUGGACGUGCCGCAGCACCAGUACUCGUGGUCCAAGCCCAAGCUCUACGUCAGCCCGUCGCUGCCCGCCCUGGACUGGCACCUGCCCAGCAGCUCGGGGCCCUACAGCCUGCAGAUGGAGGUGGAGCCGCGCUCCCACCACCGGGCCCACUACGAGACCGAGGGGAGCCGGGGGGCCGUCAAGGCUCUGGCGGGGGGGCACCCGGUCGUCCAGUUUCUGUAUGAAGUAAGUGUUUUCUCCUAUCGGUUCCCAGAUGGUCACCACGUAUGGGAGGCGGAGGCUAAGGUGGAGCGAGAUGGAGCCAAGCCUACCUCGAUCCUGGUGGAGGUCCCGCCCUACCGGAACCAGAGGAUCUCCACGCCGGUGCCCGUCAACUUCUACGUGUGCAACGGCAAGAGGAAAAAGAGCCAGUACCAGCGCUUCACCUACGUCCCCGCCAACGUUCCCACCAUUAAGAUGGAGCCACGGGACGACUACGACGCCCCCCUGCUGUGCGUCCAACGCGGCCCCAAGCCCUACUACGCCCCGCCCCCCGCCAUGAUGAGCUCCGCCCCCGUGGGCCAGCAGCGGGCCCCGCCCUCCUCGCUCUCCUCCUCUUCCUCGCCCAGCACCAGCCCCAAGCUGCACGACCUCUCCCCCUCCACGCCCUUCCACGCCAGGGGCCUCUCCCCCCCGGGGCCCCGGUCCCCCGCCGGGCCCCCCCACGUCUCCAUCAUCCAGGAGACGCCCGGGCGCUACUCCGGCUCCGGCCUCUACCCCCCCAGCAGUGCCUCGUCCUCCCCAGGGUCGCAGCCCUCCACCCCGGGCACCACGGGGCCCGAGGCCCCCUUCUCCCCCGGCCCCGCCCCGCCCUCCAGGCUCAGCCCCGCCGCCAGCCCCCGGGGCCCCCAGCAGAGCCAGCCCGCCAAGGGGCCGGAGCGAGGCCGGGCCCCCCCGCAGGACGGAGAGGGUGGAGGCGGGCCCCUACCGCUGGCCCUCAGCAUCAAGCAGGAGCCUCAGGAGCUGGACCAGAUGUACCUGGACGACGUCAACGAGAUCAUCAGGAAAGACCUGUCCAGCAUCUCCGUCAACAGCAACGCAUAGCUUCCUGUUCCCAUGGAAACAAAACAAGAACAACAACACCUAAACAAAGGGAAACACACAAAUAUUUCCCCCCUCGCCGCUCCCCAAAAUAACUAAAGUAUCUAAAUAUACUGUGCCCUGUGUGCUCGGACUACAGCAUUCAGAAAACAACAGAAUAUCCAGGAAAUACAACAACUACAAAGACGUUCAGAAAUACCAGGUGUGUGCCUUGUGUUUCAUAAAGCUUUUUGUAUUCACUGCCUUGUUUUUAGAUACUUUGAUCAGGUAGGUAGCACCUCAACCCCCGAAGUAUACUCUUAGUGGACCAAGUGUGUGUGUGUGUGUGUGCGUGCGCGUGUGUGUGUGUUUGAGAGAAAGAACGGGAUGGGGAGACUUGGGGAGAUAUUCUUUUCUCUGUUUGUAAAUUAAACAUUGUAUAUACCUGCAGUACUCCAGCUUGCAUAGCUGGCAUUACACUCAGACAUUAGAAAAUGAAAAUAUAGCCACGGUGCCUUGGGCCGGAAACAGGAGUGACGCAUUGGAACUAAAAUUGUAUUCUUUUCUGGGACGUCAGUCUGUCGUUUUGAACCCGUUCGCCAGAGAGUUUGUGUUAUUAGGUUCUUUCCUUCAUUCCCUCUCAACGCUGCGCGCUUAACCACUACAGAGUAAUUAAGCCACAGGUUUAGUGCCUUGUACAAAAAUGAACAAAUACUGCAGAUGUACUUUACCAAAAUAAGAAUAUGCACUGCUAGGUUUAACAUUGAUGUGACAACAUGAAACUCAUCCUCCGUGGUUACCUGGCCUUUUAUAAACUAUAGCCAAAAUUAGCUGUAAGAUAUUACCCAAAAGAAAUCUGCCGAAGUACUUUGUACAGUGUUUUAGGAUACUCAAACCAGUGUGCAAGCCUGAUGGUUGGUACACACAUUUUUCGUUCCUCAGCUUGUAAAUAACGUGUUUUCCAGGUAGACGUUCUGCGUCAGCAAUAAUGGACUUAAUAGACAUCAGCGGAAGCAAUCAUCUCAAUUUUGACAAAAAGCUUGAUUAUUAUUAAUCCACCUAAGCUAUGCAAUGAGCAGCAGCUGCAACAGCGUCUUUGGAAGAAUGUAUGCGUUAACAAUCUUGAUAGUGACGCACAACUUUAUUCCAAUGAAAAAUUACGGAUGGUGAGAAGCAAUAUAUAUAUAUAUAUAUAUAUAUAUAUAUAUAUAUAUAUAUAUAUAUAUAUAUAUAUAUAUAUGAAUUAAUGUUCGUUUUUUCCUUCAUCAUUUUUCUACCAACAUAUUUAUUCUAUGCAUGUGCUCUUUUUUUCUCUCGUUAAUCCUAGCGUUGCUAUGAUAUAAUGCACCCGCAUACUGUGGUUCGUUUAUCGGUUGGGGGUGCUCGAUGGCUCCCCCUUGAGGCUAAAACAUUCAGACCUACCGGAGUUCCAAAGUUGUGUUUGGAUAUUUAUGUCUAUUUAUGAGUCUUAAUCCAUGUAUGAUGACAAAGCCAUAGUGAAAUGUUUACUGGAAAGGUUGGGAAAGUAGUCUGAGAAUUAUGCCUUGUGAACCGAUUUGUGCAUUGUAUAAAAAUACAAAAUAAAUAAAAAGCCAUCUCUCUUCGACUUGUACUGUCUCACUAAUAUUGUCAAUACAAUAAGCAAAUAACAAUAAAUAAUGACUUGUUAACUGCCAGCAGGGAUUUUUUAUAAUUACUUUAGAUUCCAUUCUCUUUGUAACGGUCCGACCAACACACACACGCACGCACGCACGCGCGCACGCACACACACAGAUUCACACAUGCACGCUCAGUUGUUACCACGGUAACAGAAGUCAUCUCCAUUCUUCAAAUAGAUUGAAAUAGGUCUGCUGACUCAUCAACCAGAUUUUUUGUAACAGUUGUAACAAAAAAAAUACAGCUUGCCUUUUUUCAUGUGUUAUUUCAAACAGAACAUCCUGUGUGUGUGUGUGUGUGUGUGUGUGUGUGUGUGUGUGUGUGUGUGUGUGUGUGUGUGUGUGUGUGUGUGUGUGUGUGUGUGUGUGUGUGUCUGUGUCUGUGUCUGUGUCUGUGUCUGUAUGCCUGUGGUUGUCCAGGACUGUUCAGGAUU